AUGAAUUGGUUUAUAUUGUUUGUUUGUUUGUUUUUAGGAUUGUCAGAUACAAGCAGCCACCAUGAUGGACAUGGAGUAAUUGAUGGUCUUGAUGAUUAUAAUUAUGAUGAUGAAAAUGUUGAAGAAAAUCAUAAAGAAAAUGGAACCGUUGGAAAUUCUUUAAAUGAAGGAGGUGGAGGGGGUUACUUAAAGAUAACAAAAGGAUUGGUAAAUAUAACAAAAUUAUCAGGAGAAGCUGUUAAACUUCGUUGUGAAGCUAGUGGUGAACCACCCCCUAAUAAAUUUGAAUGGCUUAAAUAUGAAGCACCGGUGAGAGAAGAGAAAAAUAGACUUAUUGCAAGAUCGUACAAAAUAAAGGGUAAAAACGAUGGCAACAGCCUCGGUACGAGAUUAAAAAUUUCUACAUUAGACGUUCACGAUACGGGAUAUUAUACGUGCCAAAUAUCAAACGGUGUAAAAACCGUUGAAUCGACAGGAAUAUUAAAAGUGCAAAUGAAUACUUUCACGAGUCCGUUAGAAAUAUCACCAUUUCCACAUUUCUCCGACAUAUACGAUGACAAUUUUGUUUGCCAACCGUAUAAAGGUACUAGAUGCCAAAAAUAUGUUGGUAAUAAAACAGUUUACAUUCCGUCAAAUUUGACUCAAAAAUUAAUCGAAGAAAAAAUAAACACUGCAUUUACUGUAAUAGAAAAUUCCAGAGAUAUUUCAAAAGGAUGUGAAAUGUAUGCGGAACCUUCUCUUUGUUAUUCUGCUUUUCCGAUUUGCAAUUCAAAUCCGAAGAAGCCUCCUCAUAAAAUUUGUCGAGAAGAUUGCGAGCUAUUGGAAAAUGUUUUGUGCAGAUUAGAAUAUGCUCUUGCAAAAUCUCACCCAUUGAUCGGUUUGCAAUUAUCCCUUCCGGAAUGUGAAGAAUUGCCUGAAAUUCACAGCGAAGAAAGUAGAGGAUGUUUAAAAAUGGGAAUUCAACAGCAAACUCAAGAACCCUACUGCUAUUGGGGAUCAGGCGGUGGGUAUAGAGGGACUCAACACAUAACUGCCACAGGGAGAUUAUGUAUCGUGUGGUCUUCCCAACAAGAAUUUCCCGUCACUGAUUAUCCCGAAUUAGUAGGUCAUAAUUAUUGUAGAAAUCCUGGUAAUUCGGAGGACAGACCUUGGUGUUUCACCGAAUAUGAUGAUCAAUUGCACAGGGAAUUAUGCGAUGUGCCACAAUGUGUGUCUCACAUGUGGUUUUACAUUUUGGCUCCUUGCACGGGCCUUUUGAUACUUUUUCUAUUUUGGAUGUUGUACUACUGUUGCAAAAGGCGAAAAAGAACUCGCGACGAUUUUCAUCAAAAUCAAACAAAUGGCGGAAACAAUGGCAAUUUGGAAAUGAACGCUCUUUUACCCGAUUAUCAUUCGAAUAAUAAAAACCAAAGGCAAAACAUUGUUCGGACGCGUGAAUACCAAUUAUCGAAUGUUAAAUUUUUAGAAGAACUCGGAGAAGGAGCUUUCGGUAAAGUUUACAAGGGUGAAAUUCACGUGAGCAAAACGGAUCCCGUUUUACAAGUUGCCAUAAAAACACUCAAAGAAAAUGCUACGUUGAAAACUCAACAAGAUUUCAGACGCGAAGUUGAACUCAUGUCUGAAUUACGUCAUCCGAAUAUUGUUUGUCUUUUGGGAGUCGUGAAACGUCAACAACCCUACGCCAUGUUGUUCGAAUACAUGACUCAGGGUGAUCUUCACGAGUAUUUGAUGGUACAUUCUCCGAGAUCGGCCGACGACAACGGGGGUCACAUAUUAGACCAACAAGAAUUUCUACAAAUCGCUUUACAAAUAGCUGCCGGAAUGGAUUAUCUGAGUUCUCAUCAUUACGUUCACAGGGAUUUAGCCGCGAGAAAUUGUCUCGUGGGAGAUAAUCUCACGGUUAAAAUAUCGGAUUUCGGUUUGUCGAGAGAUGUUUAUUCUUCGGAUUACUACAGAGUUCAAAGUAAAUCCUUGUUACCCGUUCGGUGGAUGCCUCCGGAAUCCAUAUUGUAUGGGAAAUUUACUACGGAAUCAGACGUUUGGAGCUACGGCGUCGUUUUGUGGGAGAUUUACAGUUACGGUCUUCAGCCAUAUUACGGCUACAACAAUCAAGAAGUCAUUGACAUGAUCAGAUCGAGGCAGCUUUUACCAUGUCCCGAAGACUGUCCUUCUAGAAUAUAUUCUUUGAUGGUAGAAUGUUGGCACGAAGUUCCUUCGAGGAGGCCUCAUUUCCCUGAGCUUCACGCCAGGUUGAACGCCUGGUGUUUGGAUUCGGCAAGAGUUAUAAAUUAUAGUCCAAACAGUCAAGGAAUGUGGUCGACAAUGGACGAAACUAGUUUUAGAGGCACAACGUGUAGCAGCAAUAGUAAUACUAGUCACAAAUCCAGCACAAAUCCUUCGAACAAAACUCAAUCGACUCAAGUUUCAUCUCCUCCCGUUCGUAAUCCGAUAAAUUCGGUGACUCCACGUCACAACGCUCUACCUCCACCGAUUCGAACGUUCGGCGGUGGAAAUCAAAAUGGAAAACAAAACGUCGGAGGAACGGGACAAAAAUAUUGGCCGUUCGGAUCGAACAGCCUACCGAAAUCGUCGAAUUCGAGUUGUUCGGGUCAAUCGAUAAAUACAAAUUGGUCGAAUUUAAAUCUUGCCGGAGAAGAACAAAAUCACAGGAGUCAAUUAGAUAAAAAUAAUUUUGAAUUCGGUAAAACCGUUAUAGAACCAAAGAAUCAAGUCGUUAUUAGUUUGCCCAAUCACAGGAUUUUUGGGGAUUUUAACGAAUCCUGUGGGAAUUUAUGGUAA